AUGCUUUCCUACCGCAGAUUUGCAAGUCUGAGAAGUAAUGGACAUCUUGAAGGUCCUUUUUUACUUAAUCUUUCCUGUUGUAUACGCCUUAAACGAUUGCCCUUUUUCUUUGUGUGGCAACAAUAGUUUCCUAAUUCGUUUCCCCUUUCAAUUAGGUGAGCAAUAUCCUUAUUGUGUCUAUCCUGGUUUCAACUUAAGUUGUACCAAUGAUAGCAAAACAAUUCUAAAACUUCCUUACUCUGAAGAAUUCUACGUACGCAGCAUAAACUAUCUCACACAACAGAUACAACUCUACGAUCCCGAUGAUUGUCUUCCAAAACGUCUUCUAAGACUCAAUUUUUCAAAUUCUCCUUUCAUUGCUUCUUUUAGUCGUGACUACACAUUCUUAGGCUGUUCAUCUCAGAAUAUUGGGUCACAAUUCAUUCCCAUUGAUUGUCUUAGUAAUUCAACAUAUUUUGUAUCAGCCAUUCGUUCAGUUAGCUUUGUCAAUUCUCUAUCUGGUUGCUCUGUUAUAAAAAAUCUUUCAGUUCCAAUUGCAAGACCAGAACGGUUUCAAGAAAAUCUCAGAGAUGACCUUAGUGCAGAUCUUCAAUUAACAUGGGAUAAACCUGACUGCAGUUAUUGUGAAUCACAUCAGCUAAUGUGUGGAUUUGAAAGCAUUAACAGCAAUCAAGUUGUAUGUUUCUCUGAUUACCAACCAGGUACAUCGCGGCAAGGACUUAAAAUUUUCAGAAUCAUAGCAUUAUGCGUUACUGGACCAGCUCUAAUCUUUGUUAUUCUAAUGGCAAGUUGUGUGUGCUACAAUGAUAGAAUAGGCAACAUUAGCAGAAGUGCUGCUUCUCGGUCAGCACCAGCGGCAAUAUCACCGCAACCUGAAGCCACGGUAAUUGCAGGUUUAGAUGAAUCCACAAUUGAAUCUUAUGAGAAAGUAAUUAUUGGGGAGAGUCGACGUGUUCCUGGACCGAACGAUGGAUGUUGUUGGAUAUGCUUGGCAGAAUACAACAGUAAAGAGACAGUAAGAUGCAUUCCUGAAUGCAAACAUUGUUUCCAUGCUGAUUGUAUUGAUGAGUGGCUUCGUAUGAAUGUUACAUGCCCUGUUUGUCGUAACUCUCCUGCUCCUUCUCCUCUUAAUGUUGCCUCCAGUAAUGUUUGAAUGAUUAUGGACUAAGCAAAUCAUACUUUUUUUUUUAGUUAAUAUUGUUUGUGGGUAGUUCUGCUGCGUGUACGUAUAUAUUUACAAAUCAUUCAUGACGCUUGAUGAGAUGACAUAGAACCUUUUCCAUUUAAUCAAGAUCUCAGGUUGAAAUUCAAGCCUGAGAAUACUGGAAUAAUAAAAAAUUGAGCUCGCCAUCCAUCUAUAUUCUACAAUAUUUGAGAGAUUAGUUUUUACAGUUGCACAAAAGGGAUAUGUGAUUUAUUCAAUAAAAAUAUCAAGGAGCCCUAUCAUGUAAGUUCCGAGUGUUUAGAUGCGGGUUAUGACUGUAGUAUUACUUACGUGGAUUUCAAUAUAAAGAUACUUUAUUUAUUAA